AUGGCCCAGGAUACAGCCUCUUCGAUCUCUGUUGCUGACCACUCUGACAUCCAGACUGCCGUGAUGGUGUCGCUGGAGGAAGUGCAGGCAGUGGAGCGAGCUUCCAGCUGGGCUCUGGGUGUGCGUGGGCGACUGGACUGCAGACUGCAGGAGAGGGGGUUGCCGGACACUGGUGACAUCCAGCAGUUGUUGGACGAGCUGCUGGACAUCUUUGCCCAUACGGUGCGGAGCGAGCGGCGCGGUCGCUGGCGAUACCUGUACGAGGUGCUGCGACUGUGUGCUCCCUAUCGCCAGUACCUGAGGGGGAAUCCGCAGCUGCUGCGGCAGCAGGAAGCGGUGCUGCACCACUACCGCAUGCACCAGACUGCACUGGCCCACAUCGACAUCCUGGGGGCGAUGGCCUGCACCUUUCCCCGGGACCCCCCGGCUCCUCUCUACCAGGCAGGCAGGAAGCCGAGCGGACCACCCGUCCUCCCCCCGAUGCCUGAGCCUCGGCCCCGGCCCCCCGCCCCGUGUUCCCCCCCGUCCCGACGCUUCCAGCUGCAGCCCAGUGAGCUGGGGCCGCGAGAGCUCCUGGGCCACCGGCCCUGCACCAUGGCCGACCUGCAGACAUCCGUGUCACUGAUGGGGGCGAGUGCCGCACAGCUGGAGGCCGUGUGGACAUCCAGGCUGGGGCUGCUGACCAAAGCCUUCACCGUCAACCUCAGCCAAGCACCGCCGUGCCAAGGAACACCACCCACCCUCAAAUGCACCAGCCCGCAGCGGGAGCUCGCUGCCGUGACGCUGUCACCUAUCCGGAGGAUGCUGAGUGCCGGUGGACCGUACCACUCACAGCCGGGCACUGGGGAGUGGGCGGUGGAGAAGCUGGCAAAGAGCCAACAUCAGGGCAAGGACAAGUUCUACUAUCUCAACGUCAGCCCAAACCAGGAGUUCAGGCCGUACGACCUGACAGUGGUCCCCAAGGAGAAGCUGCAGCCCGUGCACUUUGUGUUCUCCACGUUCGGGGUGCUGUCCAUCGUGCCCGGCCAAGACUCCAGCAUCAUGUCACUGGCAGAGUGGCACCGAGAGGCUGUGCUGUGGCAGGCACUGCGCCUCAUCCCCUUCUUCAAACUCUACCUGCAGCGCAAGGCCUUCACACGCUGGCACAGGAACACCAAGCGCCAAUGGCUGAAGAAGAAGAUGGACGUGCUGUGGGUCUGCCUCCUCCCAGCCAUGCCCCCCUUCGGAGCCGUGCUGCUCCACAUCUCCAGGCUGCUCCAGGAGCUGCAUCAGGUGCAGUGGCUGCCGGUGACCAUGUCCGAGCCGUUGACACUGCGGCAGUUUCAGCAGCGUCACAAGCGACGGCUAUCGGAAGGUCGGAGCUUGCUGAAGAAGUUCUUCCGUUUCUGCAUCCGCAUUCUGCAACUGUGUGGUGAUGAUGACGUGUGUUUGGUGCAGGUGCGUGAGGACAGUUACCAGAUGCAUGAGGAUGUGCAGCUGCAGCUGCAGCGGAUCCACGACAACUUCCUGAAGCUGCCGGAACACGUGAAGCGAGAGCAGCGUGAGCAUGCCGACACGUGCCAGCGGGAAGCGGAGCAGAUGAUCCGUGGCCUGGGGCGGCUGGGAGCUCUGGUCGCCCACAUGACCGUGCAGAACCUCAUCUCCGCUGCCCAGGGGCAAGUCCGCAGCUUCAUGGCAACCGUGCUGCAGGGCACUGACGACAAGCGCAUGCCCUUACUGAAGGUGCAGCUGGUGUUUGACGAGGCCGGGUGCUUCACCAUUGACUGCAACCGCAGCGACCUGGUGCACAUCAUGGCCACGGUGCUGGGCUCUGUGGGGGACAGCAUGCUGGAGGUGCUGGAGGCAAUGCAGACUGACACAGCUUCCCAGCCACAGGCCGAGCAAUCGCAGGAUGGGACAGUGAGGGGAGUAUCUCCAGAGAGCAACGAGAAGGCACCUCGACAUACCUUGUGCAAAGUGUGUGAGAGCCAGCAGGCUGCAGGUGUGGGACACUGGGAGCAUGCUGAGGCGGUGGGGUCGGAGCGAAGCUGCUCUCUGCCAUCGGCCUCAGCGCUGCGUGGUCAGCAGGUGACCAGACUGCUGCGGGUCAGCGGGGACAACCACUUCCCCCCACCAUCCAGCCAGCAGCUGAGGGCAGCGCUGAGGUCUGACCAGGAACUGGACACAGCACACAGCAUGCAGGAGAAGAUGAUUGAGGCCGGGCUGAAGGAGAUGCUGAUGUUCCGUGCUCGGCACGUGUGGCUGUUGGAGACACACCAGGCGAUUGUGAGUUGGGGCCCUGCGGUGUUGGCGGAGAUGCACGACUGGGCACCCGAGCAGCUGCAGGAACACAUUACUCUGUUGAAGAAGUGGGAGGGGCGAGCGAGGAGGGUGGAGCGCUACUUUGUCCCCCGCAACCGUCUGCUGCUGCUCAACUGCAGCUGCAUUCAGCAGGUGGUGGUCCCUGCGCUGCAGGCGAUGCUGCACGACAUGCGGGCGCUGCUGGAACAGCAGGUGGGGCUGCAGCUGGACCAGCUGACCUUGGACCUGACCAUCGCUGUGGAUCUGCUGCUUGACCGGCCCACAAACAUGUUCCUCUUCGGCACCUACACCGGCGUGGUAACUCCUGGGGGCAGGGCAGGUCACACACACGCAGUCAGCACACACCAGCAGUCGCUCUGCUCUCUCUCUAACGGCCCCAUUGGUGUAUCCCAGCGGGAUAGUUACAGUCACGGCACGGCGGAAUAUCACAGGCGGCUGGAAACGUUGCAGGCGCUGGUGCAGGUUGUCCGCCAGGAAUUCCUGCAGCACACCUCGUACCGGGACAAGGAGGAGGAGCAGGUGGAGUACCUGUGGAACAACUUCCUCCAGGCGUGUGACAAGGCGUCGGAGUUUAUCCGCAACCAGCGAGACAGCGUGCUGGAUGAAAUUUGGCAGGAGCGAGAGAUGCUCAUUGCAAGGGCGCGCGCCAUCCAGGCCGACGUCAACGAUGCCCGCUUCCAGGACCCCCAGCAGAAUGCGGCCGCCAUGCUGCAAGAGCUGCUGAAGAUGCGGGAAGAGCUGCAGGCUGCAACGCAGAGCCUGGAGGCACUGAGCAACACACAGGACGCCAUCAAAGGCGAACCAUUCGAUCUGACGUUUGUGACGGCGACAGAACUACAGGUCAACUCCAGGAGGGAGCUGUGGAACGUUUACUACACUGCCUUCCUGGAGGUGAAAGACUGGAAUAGGACACUGCUGUCCCAGUUUAAGCUGCAGCGGGUGAGGCUGGAGCUGGAUGGUUGGCUGGCAAUAGUGGAGCAGCUGCAAACCCACAUCCCGGCCGAUGACGGUGUCCUGCUGGCCUUUUUCGAGGUGGUUUCCGUGUUCAGGAGAUUCCUGCCCAUCCUGGCCGACAUGUGUCAGCCAGAGAUGAAGGAUAGGCACUGGAGAGCCAUCUUCACAGAGAUGGGCGAGGCCUGGAAUGCAAUGUGGCCGAUCACCAUCGGGGAUCUUUUAGUUUACAAUCUCCCGGCCUACUCCGAGUUCAUCAGUCAGAUCUUGGUUAAGGCGAGGAAGGAGUGGGAACUGCACAAACUGCUGGUGUCGGUGGAGAGGUUUUGGAAGAGCUUUGAGUUCCGGCUGGUGACGCACAUCGCCAUGGUUCGUGCAAUGGAGACCCACCCCCACAGAUCGUUCCGGUCCCGGCCUCGCAAGGUUCACCCGCGCACCGUCAGCUGGACUGCCAAAGACAGCGGAACGUUGAAGCUUAUCGAGAUUGGGCAGCUGCAGUGGCACGUGGACGACAGCAUGAUGACCCUGAGCAGCAUCAUGUCCAGCGCAACCCCCAUUGACGAUCAACUGAAAGCUGGCAAGCUCAAGGAAAUGAUUGAACACUUUGGGGAACUUCUGGACCUGUGGAAGAAUUUUCAGGAUAGGUGGGUCUUCCUGCACCAGAUCUCCUCUGAGAUGGUGCUGAAGGCUCGGAAAGUGGACCUGACCUUGUUGUCGCAGAUUAAGGAUCUGGAUGGAGUGUACCGCAGAGUGGUGGAGGCGUUGGCUGUCAACCCGUCCGUGUACGUGGUGCUGCACGACCAGGAUUCGCUGCUGUACGAGGGCAGGACCCUGCGGCGGAUCUUCACCGAGGGCACGACGGCCAUGGAGAAGAUUAUGCUGCAGUUGCUGCAGAUCUUGGAGAAUGCGCGCCACGACUUCCCUCGCCUGCUCUUCCUGAGCAACAGCGAGGUGUUCCACCUGUUCACGCUGCUGCCCGACCCCCGCAACCUGUUGCCCAUCGUGCGCAAGUGCUUCAGUUUCGUGCAGGAGCUGGAGUACCAGGUGCGGGGCAGCAUCUGCCUGGAGCUGAUCAUGCCUCAGGCCAACGUGCUGGCCGUGUACGGCCGCCUGCGGGAGAGGCUGGCGCUGCUGGUGCCUCUGGAGCCGGGGAUCAGCGUGGUGAGCUGGCUCUGUAGCCUGGAGCUCAGCCUGCGGAACAGCCUCUUCCGUGCGCUAGAAAGCUGCUUGAGCGAAGUGUGCGGCUCGGCGGCCGACACCAACAGCGCCUUGCUGCAGGCCGGCGACAAACCCACGGCCCACCGGGCGGCGCUGACGGCGGGGCGGGUGCGGGAGAUGGGCCGAGCCUUCCCGCAGCAGUGUAUCCUGAUCGCCGAGGCCAUGAGCUGGCAGCGCGACGUGGGGAAGGUGCUGUUCACCCAGAGCUCCAGCACCGCCUGGCUCGCCAAACUGUGCGCGGCCAAGAUCGACGGACUGGCCCUGGCCAUCCACCGGCACCGUAAGUCGAUGCCACACGAGCUGGACGACCUGCGGCUUCUCUGUCUCCUCAAGAGUCUGAUUCUCGCUGCCAUCAACCAACGCGACCUCAGCCACACCCUGGUCGCCACCGGCGUCCACUCACGCACCUCCUUCCAGUGGCUUCGGCUCCUCAAGUACAAGGUGGCCUUCGACUGGCUGCUGCCCAAGAAAGGGACCACCAACCCGUCGGCCAGUCCCUCCGGCCAGUCCAGGCCACAGGGCCAGUUCGGCCUGAGGUGUCACGUCAACCUCCUAGGCACCGACUGGUACUACGACUACGAAUACGUCGGCCCCGGCCAUCAGUUUGUACACACACCGCUGACCGAGAGAGCCAGCCUGGCCUUACUUCUCGCCAUCCGCAGCUUCAGCGCCUGUGCCCUGGUGGGUCCGAGCAGCACGGGAAAGGCGGCUACACUGGCGCAACUUGCACUGGCUCUGGGCUACCAGCUGGUCACUCUGCACUGCUGCCAGGAGAUGCCUCUGUCCUUCCUCAUGCAGCUGCUGCGGGGAGCCGUGCAGUCAGGGGCCUGGCUCCUGCUGAAAAACGCCAACAUGUUGCCGCAGGGGACCCUGGCCGUGCUGGGCCAGCAGCUGACCUUCAUCCACAACUCGUACAGGCAGAUGAUCGCCAGCCAGUGCCCGCGGCCGUCCGGCCGGGAGCGCGACGUCCACUGCUCUCUGAGAGAGAGGGCCAAGAGCAUGAGCGACGUGACGGCCACUGACCACCCGGGGCCUGGACUCCGCAGGACGUGGAGCUCGGACAACCUGCCGCAGCUCGACCCCACCACGGUGGGCAGCAUGGUGCUGGAUCAGGCCGUCAUCUCGGCCAGGGUGGUCUACGCCACGGUCAUGUCCAUGCCGGCCUUCGACUCCAGCCUCACCUUGCCCGAGAACCUGCGCACGGCGCUGAGGCCGGUGGGGGUGGUCCGGCCCGAUACCCUCGUCAUCGCUGAGGUCAAACUAGUCUCCCUGGGCUUCACCAAGUCCGCCCACCUAGCCCGGAAGGUGGUGGCCUUCUUUCGGAUAGCCAGGGAUUGCCGCAUCAUCGGGAACUACAGCUGCCUGCCGCUGACUGUCAGGGUGCUGUCUGCGGCCGCCAAAACCCUCUACCAACAUCUGCACCGCACUGUCGCCAACAAAGAGCCGUCAGAGGGCCAAGAUCCCCUCCUGACACCAGGCCUGCCGCUGGCAGCUGACGGGGGCAAAGAGAGCAGCGCUCCACAACCCCUGUUCGAGUCCAUCAUUCUGCUUGAAGAACAGUGCUUGCUCAGCGCUUUGUCCGACGCCUUCUCCGCAGCCACGUCGGACGCCGAGCAGCGGCAGGAUCUGCAGAACAUCAUGCGGGACCUGUUCCCCGAGGUGUGGAGCCCGUCUCUCCAGGAGGAUUACCGGCCCCAGCUCCUGGCCGCCAUUCGGCAGGGGCUGGAGGAUACGGGCCACGGAGUGACAGAAGAGCUGCUGACCAACACUCUGGCCCUGCACCAGGCACUCAAGGUCAGCACAGGUGUCAUCCUGGUCGGCGGUCCGGGCAGCGGCAAGACCACCUCGUACCGCACCUUGUCCCGAGCAAUGACACAGCUGUCUCGGAGCGACGCCGAGCUGACGGGCGAGGCGGUGCACGUCUCCGUCUACUUCCCCAACAGCCUGUCUGCCAGCGAGUUUCUGGGGGCACUGAGCAGCCAGACAUGGAUGAAGGGCUUGCUGAGCAAGCGGCUGAGCCAGACCGAGAGGUGGAUACAGGCCAGAGCCUUGGCCAAGGACAUCAGAUCCCUACUGGUCAAGCCCUUCUCGAAGCCCGAGCCUCGCCGCUGGAUCGUGCUGGACGGAGAGCUGUGCCCGGACUGGGUGCUACCCAUCAGUAGUCUCUUGUCGCAGGACAACUACCUAACCCUGAGUAACGGAGAGAUGCUGUCCCUGCCGGCGGCUACCUCCCUCAUCCUGGAGGUGAGUGACUUGGGCAGCGCGUCGCCGGCGGCGGUCGGCUGCAGCAGCUUGGUACACUUCCAGGGCACCGACACAUGGCGCACCAUCUUCAACCUGACCAUGGACUCGGUGUACGGCGAGUACCGGUUGCACCGAGAGACGGUGGCCCAGUGGAAGAGGCUGGCGUGGGACCUGCUGCCCAGCACUCUGAACUUCCUGCAGCAUUGCUCGUCCGCGCUCGGCCCACGGGAACGCUGCUUGGCUGUAAGGUCGACCGACGGGCUGCACCAGGUCACCUCCUUCACCAGAAUCCUCACAGCUCUGCUUCACAUGUACCUGCCCCGUGAUCCGCCCGACAAACGUGUGAUUACCCCAGACUCUGUGACUCUCUCAGGUCAGGGACCAGAACUGUGUACAGUAUUCCCAGUGUGGCCUCACCAACAUCCCCAACAAUUGCAACCAACCACCCCACCCCCCCCCCCCUUCGUUGUCAUUUCCACACCUCUGAGCUCCCUGCUGAGUUGCCGGCUGGCCUUGUGUGACUGCUCACACACAUGCACUGGUGUAGAAGCAGAGCCCUGCCUGCCAGAGACAAGGGUUGCAGACCAGGCUGGAAUGAAAGAUAUUUGUGUUGCAGGAGGUUCCAUGGCUGAAGCAGCAUCCCAUUACCAGCGACAGCAUCUAGAUGAUGGCCUUACCACCAAGGACCACGCGCUGGCCAGGAGCAUCCUUGCUGUGGCCUACAUUUGGGGCUUUGGAGGACACCUUCACUCCAGUCACUGGCCCGAGUUUGACAGCUUUGCCCGGAAUGCACUGGACAGUUGCGCCUACCCCAUCAAAGUCCCAUCGUGGGGUUUGAUCUAUGAUUACUACAUCCACGCCAUCACCGGGGAUCUGGAGAGUCUCUACAAAGCCCCCGAGAGCGAACCGAAAAAAGCAAAAGUAUCCGGCUACAUUCCUGUACCUGAGCUGCAGGUGGUGACACAGCUACUGGAGGUGCUGCUGGGCUCGGGGCUCGGUGCUACUGUGUGGGACAGACGUUCAGCGGGAAGACCAGCCUGGUGCAGUCCGCUGCGGCACCUCGACUCCCUGCCGCCCCUCCACCGGCUCCCCGUCAGCGCCACUCUGGAGCCCUGGCACCUGUGGCAGCAUCUGGAGAACCACAUCUUCCCCAGAGGUGGUACACAUGUGCUCCCGCCCCGUCACGGCAACGUCUUCCUCUUCUUCCUGGAUGAUGUCCACACGGCUCCCUACAAACCUGACUCGCAGUGCCAGCCGCUACUGGAGGCGGUGCGCCACUCGCUCACCUGCCACGGCACGUACGAGCGGGACGGCCUGCGCUUCCUAUCCUUCCACUCGGCGCGGCUCAACCUAAUGGCGUCGUGCGCGCCGGGUCCGGACCAGAGCGGGCUGUCGGGCCGGCUGCUGCGGCUCCUGACGGUGCUGGCGAUGCCGGCCGUCAGCUGGGGCUGGGUAGCCACGGUGUACACGCCGGGUGUACUGAGCUGGCUGCGCAGCUUCCCCACCUACACGCUGUCCCGGCACACGGUCUUCGCCAGGGCGCUGGUGUUCGCCACAGUCGAGCUGUACCAGCGCGUCAAGGAGCGCUUCCCGCCCUCGCCGCCGCACCCUCACUACUUGCUGUCUGUAGCUGACAUCGGCAAGGUGUUGCGGGGCCUGCAGCUGAUGCCGCCCGCGGCUGUCGGCCCGGGUAAGGUCGGGCAGCCGGUGGUGACCGUGGCCAAGACGGUGGUGGCCCUGUGGCUGCACGAAUGCAUGAGGACAUUCUCGGACCGCCUGGUGUGUGAGCAGCACCGCACCGCGCUCUGCUCCACGCUACACGCCGUGGCUCACACUCACUUCUCCUCACACACACACCAGCUGUCCUCCUACAAGGUGCAAUUACGGAGCGCCGUGGAGCCGCAGCCCGCCGGCUCUCCCACCGCCGGCCCGGCCCCGAGUCAGGGGCUGGCGCGGCUGCAGCGAGCGAUAGCGGGGAUUAGUGGAGCGGCCGGUGCCGGUGGCAGUCCACAGCCGGCGAGUGAGCGCCACCGGACCCGCCAGAGCCACAGGCAGUCCACCAAGCCGUUGCUGCCGCUGCACGAACUGUACUCCGGGGAGGAGCUGGGCGACCUGAUCUUCAACAAGGGAGCCGUGAGGCCCGACAACCGGCAGCAGCUCAAGUCUCCGCGCUGGAACCCGUACCGGCAGCUGACGCUCGGCAACCUGGCGCUGCAGCUCCGGGAUGUCGUGCAGGCUCACAACCAGGCGCGCCGCUCCAGCCGCCAGCUCAUCUUCUUCAAGGAGGCGGUGCAGCACCUGGCCCGCCUCAGCCGCCUGCUGCUCACACCCGGGGCCCAUGGCGCGUUGCUGGCCGCCGCUCACUGCAGCGGCCGCGGCACUCUGCUCCGGCUCGCCGCCCAUCUCGCCCGGGCCGCCGUCUUCCACCUGAGCGGCCGCGAGUCUGGCCCGCAGGUCGCCGCGAUCUUCAAGCGGGCGAGCCGGCAGGCAGGCUUGUUGGAGCGCUGCACCGUCAUCGUGGUGCCGCCCGCUGUCCCACAGCAAACUCUGCAGCGGCUCUUCAACAUCACGACCGACGGCACCUGCCCCGACCUCUACUCGACCAAAGAGUUCAGCCGAGUGGCCAAGGAGUUCGCCGCCACCAGGAACCUGGCAUGGAACCUGAAGCAGGAGCAGGUGUUGGAGAGCCCGCACCCCCCCCGCACCCCGCUCUCACAAACCCACCCCCGCCAUCGCCCGCACCCCGCUCUACCCCACCCGCCCUUCUCCUGUGCGAUCUAUACUCACUGCUCCUCUCCCCGCAGGUACCUCCUCGCUGUGCGCCAGAGCCUGCAUGUGGUGUUGCUGCUACCGCUGCAGAGCGCUGCGGGGAGCGUGGCGUGGGCUCCGGGCGGCCUCACCCACCUGCUGGGCCCCGCCGGCUACAUCGACGUAUGGCACCAGUGGAACCCCCAGGCGUACGCCGUCCUCGCCACCUCCCACCUGGGCAUCGGCAACCUGUCCACGGUCAGGACCACCGGCCAGUCGGUGGCGAGGAUCUGGGUGCUGGUCCCAAUCAUCGUCAAGAUCAUGGCGUUGAUCCACCAGUCAGCGCUGAGCGGAGCGGCGCACAUGGCCCCGACGCUGCCGCUCAUCACCCCGCGCCACUACCUGGACUUCAUCGACCUCUUCUCCAUGAUCUUCCACUACCUGGAGCAGUCGGAGGGGAUCCAGAUUAACCGGAUGGAGCUGGGGCUGGACAAGAUCAGGGAAGUGUACAAGGCAGCCGAGGAGCGGCGGCACGAGAUCGAGCGGCUCCGUCACAAGCUAGAGCUGCUGGGCCAGGAGAUCCGGCUGCUGCAGGAACACUACGCCAAGCUGCGCAGCGAGUUCCAGGAUCUGCUGCAGCGGAUGCGGGAUGAGGAGUUCCAGCUCACCUUGCUGCAGCGGGAGAUGGAUGCCGCCCGGCAGGCCUUCCAGAGGGAAUACGGCACGGGCAAGCCUCUGUACGAGACGGCGUUGCAGGCGCUGCUGGCGUUGAGCUCCAGCGACCUGGACGAGGUGCGCACGUACCGAGCGCCGCCGCUGCCAGUGGUGACGGUGAUGAACACCAUCUGCCUCAUGUUCGGCAAGAUGGAGGGCUGGGAGAACGUGAAGCUGCUCAUCAGCCAAGAAAACUUCUUCCAGGAGCUGCAGUUCUUCGACAAGGACAACAUCCCGGAGGACGUUUUCCGGGCGCUGGGCGACAUCAUCCUCCGGCCGGAGUUCCAGCCGGAGGCGGUGCGGGAGGCGAGCCGGGCGGUCGAGUCGUUCAGCGUGUGGGUGCGGGCCGUGUACUACCAUGCGGUACUAGCCCGCGAGUACAGCCCCACCUUUGUCAACCGCUUCCAGGAGCUGAUGGACCAGGCGCAGACCCGCCUCGGGCUGCUCCGCAAACUGGCCGAUCGCAUGCGGAAAGGGCUGCUGGAGGUGCUGCGGGAGGACACGGACGAAAACCUGUCGGAUAAUGACUCGCUGCUGGAGGCCAGCGACGCCGAGCUGCUGCGGCUGCUGCUGUUGCGGGAGCAGGAGUUGGUGCGGCGGCUCCGGGAGCAGGAGCAGGAGCUGCUCGCACAACUGCGGCGGGAGCGACAGGAGCUGCGGCGCAACGAGGAGCUCAUCCACGCCCUUCGGCCUCACCGCUCCGACUGGGACGAGGCGCUGGAGCAGUCCAAGGGCCGCCGCCGCACCUUGUCUGGGGACGCGCUGCUGACGGCCGCCGCCGUCGUCUACCUCGGGCCCUUCGAGGAGCGGCUGCGGCAGGAGCUUCUGGACAAGUGGAAGGGAGCUUGUCACACCGGCACCAUCCGCAUGGAGCCCGUGGACCCGCGGCAAGAACUGCUGGACAUCCUGGCAAGCCGAGCGGCCGCAGCCCUGGCCUCGCCGCGGGUCCCGGACCCAACCCGGAACACAGCCUCGCCGCCAGGCCGGACCACAUCACCGACUCGGGUCCAGCCGGAGGCACCGGCCCCACCGAUAGUCCAGACCGUUGCUUCAACGCCGUCGCCAGUCCGGACCUCUCAGCAGUCGCCAGCUCCGGCCCGGACCCCGUCACCAGCCCGGAGCACAUCGUGGCAGUGGCCCGCAGCCCCGACCCCUCCACCGUCGCCAGCACUCACCCUGUCUCUAGCCCGGCGCCAGUCGUCGCCCCGCGGCCGCAGUCGGAGCCUGAGCCGGGAUCUCGCUUCACGCCGGGCCUCCAGCCCGUCGCCAGCCCGGACCUCGGAACUGUCGCAAAGUCGGGCCAGGAUCGCAACUCGGACCCCUCCUCCCUCGCCAGCACUCACCCUGUCGUCUGACCAGAGCCAGCCGUCGAUCCGCGGCCGAAGUCGGAGCCGGAGCCGGAAGCCGUUGACACGCCGGAGCCGGAGCCAGUCGUUACCCAGGAGCCGGAGCCCGUCGCUACCCAGGAGCCGGACCUCAGCUUCAUCCCGCAGCAUGAGCCGCAGUCUCAGCCUGUCGUCACCACGGUCGCCGCAGCUCGUCCCCACGCCCCCGCUGCUCGGCUCCGAGUCACCGCCAUCUCCGGGCGACAUGUACGGCCAACCCGACUUCAUCCCGACCCGCAGCAACUUCCUGCUGCUCGAUAUGUUGAGCUCACUGGGGGAACAACUGGACUGGAACCUGGAGAAGCUGCCGGUCAACGCCACGGCCCGGGUCAGCAUCCUCAUCACGCAGGUCCUGCUCAGAUAUUCUCCCACGCCCUGGAUCCUCCUCGUCGACCCCGACAAACAGGCCGGCAUCUGGAUGGGGGUGUUGCAGGCCGGAGGCGGGCUGCAGCUGGAGCGGGAGGUGCUCGCCGCAGUUAGUGCAGCCGGGAGCGAUGUGUUGGUGAAGAGCGCGUCUGAACGCGUCCUGCCGGCGGACGGCGAGGCGGAUGAGGCAUCUGGAGACAUAUUCAUCGACAGCCUGGCUGUGGAGGGCGGCGACGUGGAGUGGGUUCCACAGACGCUGGAGGAGCGGCCGCCCCACGACCUCUGGGUCUGUCCCAUCACCAAGCCCGACCUGGAGCAACUGCUGCUGACGGCCGCCGUCAAUGGGAUGGCGGUGCUGGUGACGGACAUCGAGCUGCGGCCAUUCCCGCCCGUGCUGUCGAGGCUGCUUCUCGCCGGCAGCGGCACCACCGAGCCCGGGGCCUGGGAACGAACCUUCGAAACGCUGCCCGUCAAGAUCAAGCCCGGCUUCCGGGUUUACCUCAGCACCUCGCUGCCCCUGAAGAAGAUCGAGUCAGGGGUGACCGGUACGAAAGGGACGGAUUGCACCUUCAUUGGAGGGGGGGGCGACCUUCUGGCGGGCAGGGUUGCUAGUGCUACACGGUAUAGUCCAUGUAAUGUUUUAUAUUGGAUUAGAGUAUGCACCUAUUUUCUAUGUGUCUUUGUUCUUGCCCCGUGUGUCGGGCCGCUGACGCGUUGCGUGUGCCGGCAGGAGGAGCUGAUGGACAAGGUGGUGCAGACAGCCACCAGUCUGCUGCACGACCGCACGAUCCGUGAAGACGCGCUGGAGAGCCACAAGACGCAGGUCGAGCUGCGCUCCACGCUGCAGGCACUGGGCCCGAGUCCCAGCCAAGCGGCGGCCGCCGCCGACGCCCCGUACAUGGUCAUUUCCAACAUCGGCUCGCAGAUGUACUGGGCGCUGCUCCACAUCUGCCGCCUCAACACCUUCUACUACUUCUCCAAGACCGGCUUCAUGAAGGUGGUGCGCGUCACCCUGUCCCACCGCAAGGAGCAAGUGCGGCCGCGACCCCCGGGAGCGGGGACUGGGCGCGACCACCACAUGGAUAUCACCGACUACCUCAUCUCCAGCAUCUACGGCCACUACCGCUGGAGUUUGUUGGUGAGCCACGCCCGGCUCUACCGCUUCCUCGUUGUGGUGGGCCACAUGAAGGCGCUGGGGCAGCUGACGGCGCUCGAGUGGGAGCUCUUCCUGCGAGGCACGGAUGGGAUGGACCUGGACGCUUUGCUGCCGGACUCGGGGCCGCUGCCGCCCACAUGGGUGGAGCCGGCAGUGUGGCGGAGCUGCGCCGUGCUGGAGUUGCUGCCCGCCUUCCACCACCUCCGCCACUCGCUGCUCCACCACGCGGGACACUGGCGAGAAUACUUCAGGCUGACGAGUACGGUGAUCGGGCCCGCGCCCGGCCCUGGCCCCGUCCCCGGGACCCUGUCUGUCUUCCAGAGAGCCAUCCUGUGGCGCCUGUUCCGGCCCUCGCUGCUCGACGCCAUCAUGAAUGACUUGGUGAGCAGCGACCUAGGCGGCACUCUGCUCCGUGACCUGCGGCUCACCGUGCCCGCCCUCUACAGCUACAGCAGGCCCACCGUGCCCGUGCUCUUCCUCACGCCCGCCGGCAGCGCCGCCACCCUCUCCACCCAUCCGCUCUACUGGAUCCGACAGAUCGCCACCGAGCACCAGAUGCAGAACAAAAUCAGCAUCAUCUCGCUGGGAGCGGGGGAUCAGACGGACGAGAUUCUGGAGGCGCUGCUAGUGGCCACGCAGAAAGGCCACUGGAUGGUUCUGGACAACUGCCACCUGCUGGAUCGCUGGGACGAGCGGCUCGUCAAUCUGUUCAUCCAACUGGUCUGCGCCCGAGAGGCGUACGCGUUGCCUGAAGCCACCCCGCGCUCGGCGAUCGCGCCAGAUUACCUCUGUGAAGAUGUGAAGGAACCGGUGUUGACGUUUUUCAUGGAGUCUGGGGAACGGGUCCACGGCGACUUCCGCCUCUGGCUCAUCUGUCGCAAUGAAGAUGAUUGUUCAAUGCCAGGCGUCAUCCGCCGGUUCACGGAGAAGCUGGUGAUUGAGACGCACUCAUUGCUGCAGAACACGCUGAAGCGGACGUACACACAGGCGCAGGGUGUGAGUCGGGACCGUGUGGCCGCCGCUCCGCUCGCUGUGCUCAGCGCCCUGCACUCAGUGCUGUUACACCGGCAACAGUUCCGGCACUGGACACAGGCGCGCACCUACCACUGGACGGAGUCGGACCUGUUCGCGGCUCUGGACCAUCCAGAGAAACCUGCGGGCGUCGUGGGGCGACGCGCGGAGAGUUUACUGGAGCACUUCGUGGACGUGGCCGUGUACCGGGGACAUCUGCAAGACACCGGAGACGAGGCGGCGCUGAGCAGCGUCCUGCACUACUGUCUGCGGUCCAGCUGCGGCGGCGGCUCCAGCAAAGGCAUCGCCAACCUCAUCACCCGCCUCACCUGCUGCACGGCAGGUGAUGUGACGGCUGCGGACAUUGACGGACGCAUCGAGCUGAUGGUGAACCGCACGGAGACGGCGGCGGUGGGGGUCGGUGACGGGCUCCGGGAGCGGCUGCAGGAGGCGCGCUCCCAGGUGGCGAGCCGGGCGCUGGCGCGCUCACAGUCGUCGGGAGCGCGCGUGGAGGUGGACGUGGACGCGCCCGGGGUGGUGCAGCUGGUGGGCGACGGCCUGGAGCAACUGAGCGGCGCGGGGGCGAGCGACGUGCACGCGCCCGGGAGCGCGCACCCCGUCCGCCACUUCGUGGAGCGGGAGCGGCGGGACCUGCGGCUGCGGCUUGAGCGCCGCGCGUGCGCGCUCCGCCACGCCGUGGACGCGCUGAGGAGCGCGCAACCCUGCCUCCCGGGCACGCGCCCGCUGUGCACGGCGCUGGAGCUCGGGCGCGUGCCCGUGUCCUGGUGGCGGGGCGCGCGCCGGCCCCCUCCCUUCGCGCUCUGGCUGCAGCGCGUGACCGCCGCCUCCCGGCUGCUCGACGGCUACGUGCGCGCCCCCGCCGCCUGCUACAACCUGUCCGCCUUUCAGCGCCCGCGGCUGCUGGUGCUCGCCCUCCGCCAGGCGCGCGCCCGCGACGACCAGCGUGCACUCGACACCUACCGUGUACGCGCACAGGUGCUGAGCAGCUUCCUGCCCCCCCACUGCCCGCCAGAUGAGGGGGUGUACAUCAGUGGUCUGGUGCUGCACGGAGCGCUGUGGGACAGCAGGCUGGGGGUCCUGCAGGACACGAUGUCCACCAAAUCAUGCAGCCUGCCGGCGGUGUGGCUGAGGGCGGAGGAGGCAGAGGAGGCCGACACCCCCUCCCUCUACCCGCAGUAUGAGUGUCCCGUGUACCUGGGGGCAGAGAGCGGAGUGGGGGAUCUGACCGACGCAAACAUCGUCCUGCACAUCUCCCUGGCAUCAAAGCUUGACCCGAUGGUGUGCGCUCAGAGACGAGUUCACAUCGCCAGCAGUCUCUGAGAGAACCUCCGUGCCAACUGUCCAGAAUAACAUUUUUGAUUACAUAGCAAUUAAAAUAUAUUUAUAUGGCA